CGCUCUGGGAGUGUUUCCCAUUUAAACAAACAUCGUCCUGCCGAAGAUGGCGGAGAGUUUGUAGAGGCGUAAAAGAAACUGCUACACUCAAUGAAAUCGUCGAAGCCGGAGAUGUUAAGACAUUGAAGUGACACUAGACCCUGAAUGGAGCUUGACUGGGGCUUGUACUGGCCAAGGUGCUGAUGUGUGCUGAAGAUGAGUGGCGUAGGAGACAACUCGUUGGACCCGCUUUGCUCUGACCGCAAACGUAAACUGUCAACCUGUGACACACCAGGUUUAGGGUGUGACAAGCGUCGGAGGGAACAGGAGAGCAAGUACAUCGAGGAGCUGGCUGAGCUCAUCUCUGCCAACCUCUCCAACAUCGACAGCUUCAACGUCAAGCCUGACAAAUGUGCCAUCCUCAAGGAGACCGUGAGGCAGAUCAGACAAAUCAAAGAGCAAGGAAAAAGCUCUUGCAGUGAUGAUGAUGUCCAGAAGGCGGAUGUGUCCUCCACUGGUCAGGGGGUCAUUGACAAGGACCAUCUGGGGCCACUGCUCCUGCAGGCCUUGGAUGGCUUUCUGUUUGUGGUGAACCGAGAGGGCAGCAUAGUAUUUGUGUCAGACAAUGUGACCCAGUACCUGCAGUACAAGCAGGAGGAGCUGAUCAACACCAGUGUAUACAACAUCAUCCACGAUGAGGACAGGGAGGAGUUUCACAAGAAUCUACCCAAGUCCAAUGCACCAAAUGGGGCAUCGUGGGGUGGAGAGGCACCCCGACAGAAGAGUCACACCUUCAACUGUCGUAUGCUGGUGAACUUUGUUCAUGGUCAGAGUCAUGGUUUGUCAGAAGAGAGGCCUGGAAGCCAGCGCUAUGAGACCAUGCAGUGUUUUGCCCUCACCCAGCCCCGGGCUAUGAUGGAGGAGGGAGAAGAUUUGCAGUCAUGUAUGAUCUGUGUGGCACGACGCAUCACUGCAGUAGAGAGAACAGAGAGGUUUAGCACUCGCCAUGAACUGUCUGGAAAACUGAUUGAAAUUGAACAGCAGGGCUCUCUUCACACCACUAUGCGCCCAGGCUGGGAGGACCUGGUGAGGCGCUGCAUGCAGAUGUUCCUCAGUCGCAUCGAGGGACAACCCUGGUCCUACAAACGUCACUAUCAAGAUGCUCUCCAUAACGGCCAUGCGGAGACCCCACUCUACCGCUUCUCACUCUCUGAUGGCACCCCAGUCACAGCCCAGACCAGGAGUGACCUCUGCAGGAAUCCCAACACCAAUGAACCGAACUCUUUCCUGUCCACACACUUGCUACAAAGGGGGAGGAAUGGUUAUUCGUGAAAAGGAGAGAGAGGAGGCAUGAGGCCUCAAACCUUGAGUGUCAACAACCCCAACCAACAGAUGAACAUGGGCCAAGGAGGCAUUAUGGGUAUGAACAGGGGCUACGGUAUGGCCGAACAGGGCAACAUGUCACAAAGAGGAAUACCUCCGUAUGCUGCGGGUAACCGCAUGAAUCCCAUGAACCAGAUGAAUCAAAUGAAUCCCAUCAAUCAGAUGAAUCCCAUGCAUCAGAUGAACAACAUGGGUCAAAUGAAUCAGCUGAAUCAAAUGAAUUCCAUGCAUCCAAUGAACUCAAUGAACCAAAUGGGGCCAAUGAACCAUAUGAAUCAGAUGGGCCACCAUGGCAUGCAUCAGCAGCAGCACCAACAUCAGCAGAUGGGUCAAUUCCAUGGAGGAGGAAGUGGACCUGGAGGUGGAGGGUACGGAAUAGGAAUGACCAGCCCACCCCAGGCCAGUCCAGGGAUUAAUGGCCCCCCACACAAUGUCAUGGGUUCACCCAGGGUCCGAGGAAGUCCCAAGAUGGGUGCUAGCCCCUUCUCUCCGGGUGGUAUGAACUCUCCCAUGAGCUCCAGUCACCCUGGUAACUCUGGAGGUGGAGGAGGAGGAGGUACCUCCUUCUCCAGCAGCUCCUUGAAUGCCCUCCAAGCCAUUAGUGAGGGAGUGGGCAAUCCGAUGCCCUCCCCACUCACCUCUCCUCCCCCUCACAAGCCUGACAGUUCCCCAAGCAUCAACUCCACCAACCAGGCAGCAGGGGGACCAUGUAAACCAGGCCUCCAAGCCUACUCCGACUCCAAGAGCCCAGGCAGCUCACUGGGGACUGGAGGAGAGCAGCCGUCUCAGCAGCACCCACACACCGCCACCAGCGAGGGCCCUCCUGACAAGCCAGACAGCCAGGCCAGCAGAGAAACAGGUCCCACUGGGGGAGAAUCCAGUCGACGGGUCCCUGACAGCAAAUGCCACAAGAAGCUUCUGCAGCUCCUUACCUCUCCUACAGAUGAGCUUGUGCCACCUAAUCACACAUCAAGCUCUGGACCCAGCUCCACACCUGAGGCUAAAGAUGGAACAGCGGGUGUCACCAGCCCCUCCUCCUCAACAGGAGUGUCCUCCUCUACGGGCGGAAAUCAUGGCCUUGUGUCUUCCUCGGGUGGUACAGGACAUUUAACAAGUCAGUCACUGCAGGAGAAGCACAAGAUCCUCCACAAGCUCCUCCAGAAUGGAAACACUCCCGAUGAGGUAGCCCGCAUCACAGCUGAGGCCACUGGGAAGAGCAGCUUGGAUUCAGAGUCUGGGCCUGCAGCCCCUGGAGGGGUUAGGGGAUCAGAAUCGAAACAGGAGCAGCACAGCCCUAAGAAGGAGAAGCCUCACGCCCUCCUUCACUACCUCCUCAAUAAGGACGACUCUAAAGAAGGUGGUGAUAUCAAGCCAAAGCUGGAGGAGCUGGAGGGGAGAGGAGCACAGGGGGCAGGGGUCACUAGCUCCGACCCCCACUGCAUGGAUGGAAAGGUCAAGUUGGAGCCAUCUGAUGAAACGGAGACCCUGGAGACUAUUCUCGGUGUCCCAAGGAACAAAUCUGGCUUCUACCCUGAACCAGACUCCAGAGCAGGGAAGGAAGUGGGAAACAAACAAGGAAAUAUGCCUGACAGUGUACAUGAUGGGGAGAAAGGCCCCAUGCCUCCAGUUCAGCGUAGUGCCUAUCAAAGAGCCUUGUCCAUGGAUACCAAGCCCAUGGGUGGAGAGGGAGCAGUAGGAGGUGGCCUGGCUGGGAGAAGGAAUGUCCCCUGUCCCACAUUGAUCAAACAGGAGAACAUGGAUGCUCCGAUCCGACCCAAUGGAUUUCCUGGAGGCAUGAGUGUGUGUCCACCACGGGGCAAUCCAACAAGAGGUAUGGGCAGAGGUAUGGGAAUGCCCCAGCGCCCUCCAAUGGCAGGGCCAGCAGAGUGGGGGAUGCCGAGGUCCAGCGGCAGCCCUGUGGCCGGACCAGGGCACCCAGGCAUGGGUCGCUCUGGCCCAAUGGGAGGACCCAUGAUUAACCGCUCCAACAGUGUACCUGGAAACACUAGGUCUAUGCUGCAGCAGCAACUCAUGGAAAUGGGUACCAAUGAAGCCAAUAUGAGUAUGAGCCCGUUUGGUGGACAUGGACCACCACCUCAGUCCCCCUCCUGGCCAGACCCUGCCAUGGGAAUGGAAAGACCACAGAGUAACACAAACAGGGACCAGUUUGUACACCCCCUGGAUGAGCUGCUGGGGCCCUUGGCCAAUAGCGAGGGCCCGAAUGAUGAACGCGCACUUCUGGACCAGCUGGACUCUCUGCUCAACACCGCUGAUGUCAUUGCUCUGCAGGAGAUAGACCGAGCCCUAGGAAUCCCUGAAAUAGUAGGCCAGACCCAGGGACCUGAAGGUCACCAGCAGGGCCAGGAUCAAGGUCAGGGUCAGUGCCCACCAUCAGAGCCUUUCCCGGGGCCAGACUCCUCCAUAGGAAUGGACCAAAAACCCAUGUAUGGCCAGGGCUACCCCGGGCCCCCAGGGCCCCCCACCAUGGGCAUGCAGCCUGGUUAUGGCGGCAACACAAUGCAAGGCCAGUCUCCCGGAGGCUUCAACCCAAUGAUGAAUCAGAUGGGCCAAUCAGGGGGCUUCCCUGUCAUGGCGGGCAUGGGCGGUAUGGGCAACCCCCGGGCAAACAUGGUGAGACCUCGCAUGAUGGCCACCAAGCCUCUCCGACUGCAGCUACAGCAGAGACUGCAAGGGCAGCAGUUUAUGAACCAGACCCGACAAGGCAUGAAGAUGGAAAAUGCCCCCGGAGGAAACCCUGCCAUGCGCCCAGGCAUGCAACCUGGCAUGCAACCUGCAGGCAUGGGUGGUCAGCCUGGUUUCCUAAAUGCCCAGAUGAUGGCUCAGCGCAGCAGGGAGAUGAUGACCAUGCAGAUGCGGAGGCAGCGGAUGAUGUUGCUGAUGCAACAGCAGCAGGGGCAGGGGCAGGGAGCAGCGGGAGGCUUCAGCCCUCCUCCAAAUGUCACUGCACCAGGAGGCAUGGACAACCCCAUGGGAGGCCCCCCCUUGAACCAACCUGGACAGCAGGGCUUCAACUAUGGAGGUAACUAUGGGAUGAACCAGCAGGGAGACCCAUCAUUCAUGGCUCCAGCCAGCAGCCCAUCUGGAAACAUGAUGCAAGGACGAAUGGGCGGCCCUCCUCAGAACACCAUGAUGCCAGGGAUGCAGGGAAACCCACAGGGAGGGCCCAUGUACCCGUCUGGAGCUAUGAAGGGUUGGCCACAGGGCGGCAUGCCACGCAACAACUCAUACCCCCAGCAACAAUUCCCCCAGCAGGGCAGCCAGGGCCAGUUUGGACCCAUGAUGAUAAACAACUCCAUGGGUGGACCUGGGCCUGUCAGUGGGGGCAGUGCAGGACAGAUGGGCCAAAUGCCAGGACAGAUGCAGGGCCAAAUGGGCAUGAACCCCAUGGGAAUGGGUAGAAUGCCAAUGGGACCUGAUCAGAAGUAUUGUUGAGGACCUGUGGCUGACAGCAGAAUCUGGAGCCUUUCAGCUGUGGCAGAGCAGCCUGGGCCAGGAGAUGAGCUGGACCUACGCACACACAAACACACACAAUAUAGGAGCUCCCCAUCUUGAAAUGUGACGCAGGAGACUCAACACAAUGCAUUGCUCAUCCUGGAGGAAGUCGGCUACAAGGACAAGCAUGCGUCAGGUUUUAUCUCCAACUGAAGCCUCACAUGCUGUAGCCUAUUUAGGUUAUGCACAAACACAAAAUGUGUGUGCGUGUGUGCGUGUGUGCGUGUGUGCGUGUGUGCGUGUGUGUGUGUGUGUGUGUUCACGGGGAGCUCUCGAGCAGUAUUCAGCGUCACAGUCUGGCUGCAUAAUGGGACUAUGGUACAACUGGCUCUGGCUGCACUUUACCUGGAGGCUUCUGUGUGGAAUAAAGAUUGAUGCAAUAUUUCUUCAUCAUUACAGCCUUACUAGAGAUUCAAUGCCUUCACAACAAUGGGUUUCUUUUUUUCCUUUCUUAUCCUUUGGAUGCACCUCAUUCUUUAAGUCAUUGGAAGUUAUAAGCACAGUUUACUAUGACCCUGUUUACAACUGGCAUUAACAUGCGUCUUGGGUGAUCGGAUCCCAAGUGGACAGCGUUAAAUACAAAUGUAAACAACUACCGAGGCGGAUUUAUGAUCCGAUCACUCAAACCAGCUGCCAAGGCGGUCUGGGACGCAUUUGAUAACACAUCUUUUGUCAUGUAAACGGUAAUGCAUUCUGUUGCAUCCCUGACAAGGACAUAACAGUAGUUAGAUGUAGGCAGUAAUGAAAUCUGAACAAAAGCAGUCAGCUGGACACUUUGGAGAGGCGUGAUAGACACAGGUGUAAACGGUGAUGUGUCUCAGCCGCCCACUUGUGUUCGGAUCACCCCAGACGCACGUUAAUGCCAGGUGUAAACAGGGUCUGUGUUAUGCAGAUUGGAGCAAUAACUCUUGCCUCUAUGCUUUAGACUGUAACUGAGCAUCAUUACCCCUGUUAUAAGCAAACAAAUGGUACUGCAGUAUUAGAUGUCUCAAAUGUCCUCUGUGAAUAUGAAUUGUAAAUAUUCUACAAAAUAUAUCAAACAUGCUUUUUAAAGGCCCAUUAUUGCACAAAGUAUGAGACCUGGUUGUAUUUUUGUGUCCCAUAGGUCAAUACUGAUUUGGUCGAUUUGCUUUUUUUUUUUUUUCCCCUUUGCAAAUAUUGCAGGCGUAUUUGGGUUUUCCUUCCCUUGUUUUGUCAUUUCCUUAAUGCUGUAUUUUUUAAUUUUCUGAAAAGUCAUGUUUUUCAUGUUUUUCAUGUUCUAGCGAGGCACUUUUUACUUGUGACGCAGAUUUGAUCAGUUGAAGGUUUGAGCUUUCACACUGUCAGAGGUUUUAUCGGAGGGUGGUGGAAGUGAGUUCUGUCAGGACAGUCGGUUACUUGUUUUUGUUAUUUUGUUGGAGUGUGUGUGUGCGCGUGUGUGUGUGUCUGCCUGCAGUACAGUGAACAUGGGAACACACUCUUCAGUUCACCAACAGGCCUGGUCCUUGCAGAGUUCUCCCCCUCCCACCAGCUUUUCCUGUCAAGUGUAUUUUAUUCAAAGCAUCUUCUUUUGACUGUUAUUCUCAACUCGCUGAAUCUACCUUUUCAACAUGCGCAAUCCAAAGAUAUUUUUCCACAUCUCUGUAUAGUUUCUGAGGUUUCUGGUGUACAUUUUUUAUGAUAUGCGUUAUUAUUAUUCUGAUGGUAAAUGGGUACAUAUCUGUAAUAGCGUAUGAUGGUCGUGUACUGUAAGCGUAUCGGCUAUCAGUGCAGUGCAAAGAGGACUGGAAGGUCUCAACCCCACAGCAGAAUGUUUUUACAUCCAGCAUGUUUUGCUGUGAAAGAGAAAUACCAAUGGAAUGAAAUCCACUUUAAGACAUAUCAAUAUCUCUUCUAUUUUUCAGGAAACAACUACAUUUUAUGUCCAGAUUUUGUUACUUCAGGAAAAAGUAACUUUGUAGAGUUUGAAUGAAGUGCAAAAAGAGGCAAGAGAUCAUUGGGUUUGUUUUAGUUUUUCUUUGUGUGGAGGUAAGAUAAGCUGUCAUUUUACAGGAUGUAUAUUACAGAUUUUUUUCUUUUGAUGUUGAUAUUGAUGUAAAUACAAAUUUCUAUUUAAACA